ACCAGAUAAGUUUAGAAAAUUGCAAAAAACCUUGCUUUAAUUUUGUGUUGUGCGCACGAUUAUUGCUUCUGAUCAUUUUUCGAUUGGAUGGCCAAUUCUUUCUCGCAGACAAUGCAUGAUAUUGAACAGUGGAUAUUACUCUUCAGAUAAGAUUUUAAUAAACCAGAGCGACUUCAUAGUUACAGAGAACAUUUUAAAAUACUGAAAUGAGGGGAAAAUGACCUCUUUUCGAGAGGUGGAAGAUGCAUGAUGAUUACUGUUUGAUCGAGACCAUUGUUUGUUGUUAUUGAAUACCGCCAAUAAUCAGACAUAGCGCCUGUUACAUCGUAUGUAGUUAAUUUANAAAAGAGUAUGGUCAAUAUUCCAUCUGUAUAUUUCAUGAUUAUUGUCUCUUUCAUUCUAAUAGAAUGAAGAAAAAAAAGAUAGACUAAAAGACAAAUAUGAUUGAUGACUUCAGAAAUGAAGUUGACUUUAUGUGACCUUGUCUUUCAGUUUCAAAAUCACUUAUUCACCCAGUGCACAUAACCAGAAGCAAUGUAUUUUUGUAUGUUCGAUGAAUAAAGAAAAAAACAUUUUUCUUUUAAAGUCAAAGAGAGAAAAAAUUAGACUGUUGUUGUAUCGAUAAAAAUUUAGCAUUUUAAAUAAUAUGGGUCAGCUUCUAUCUACUGAUAUUAAAGAUACUUGUUUUGUAUGUUCACUCACGCUGAUCCGACGCUUCCAAAUUACCAAGAUAUAUCGGAAAAGGAAAAUGAAUUAAAACUUUCAUAGUAUCAUUCCUGGACAUAGUGGCUAUUACAUCGGUUGUAGUUAAUAAAAGUAUCAUACUAGGAGGUUCCAAAACCGAGUGGAAUGGCAUCUGGUUUUUGUUUAGUUUUCUUUUUGUUGCUUUUUUAGUUUUUGGCAAAAAUCCAAGUAAUUUUUCAGCGGGAAAAAAACAAGUGGUCGGAUAGGAUAAAUAGAUAUAGCAUUGGGCUCGGUUUUGAGAGCUGACUCCGAAUGUGAUAUUUUUAUUGUAUAGAAGUUGAGUUCGGGUGGAGAAGAUUGAGAAUUACUGGUAUAAUUUCGAUUUUGUCGCUGGUUUAGAAAAAGUGUAAUUUCGCUACAGGAAAGGCAAAAGUUAAAACUCGGGAGCUGUAAUUUUGUUCUCCGCUUCACUGCGGUUCGAAUGGCAUAAAAUUUAUGGGUUUAUCUCUUAAGGAAAAAUACUUGAUGCUUUUCUGAGUGAAGGGACUCGUUUUUGGAUCCUACCAGGAGAUGUGCUGAACUUCAAAGGUUUGAAGGGUUCAAAAUAAGACGGAGGAAAGCUGGAAGCUUUUUUCUGAGAGGAUGAGUUUUUUCCGUUUAGAGCACCCUUUUCGUAUUUCGCGAUUUUCAUCGAGAAUGAAAGGUCAUAAAGCAAAUAAAAUGUGAUAUUCGGAUUUUGGUCUUAUUCCUCUAUCAUAAUAUGUGUUAAAUUCAAAAAUAAAACUUCGAAUUAUGCGCGCCUUAACUAAACUAUAGGUUAUUGGUCAGUGAGCAUGUGUAGGAACAUGUGCUUGGAUAUGCCGUCGUUUUUUAUGCUUUUCAAUGCGGUUUUGGCGUUACUAAACACUCUUAGGUUUUUUUAAUAAGAUAAACAGUUCUGACAAGAAAAAAAUUGUUCUUUAUAUAUCGGCAAGAAAUGCAAAAUUCUGAGAAUUAUCCAUCGAUUUUCUAGAUUUUGAAACCGAAUACGCAAGCACAUCUUUCUACAGAUACGCACUCUUCGACGACCUAUAGUUUAUUUACUUUUACGUAAAUAAAUCAGGAGAAAAGAUAUUUCUACCUUCUUUCUGUUUUAGACCAACUGUUUUUUUUAAAAGCAUUUGGUCUAAAACACACUGAAGACUGUAAGAGUGCUGCCCUGGCCCCAAUCUCAUGUUCAAGUAAGAUAAAACGGCUGAAUUGUUUCGUUUACUAAUAAGUCGUAAGAAACACACAAGAGUCUUUUCCAAUUGGAUUUGAUUAAUUUUUUUCGAUAUGAAUACCGAUUCCGGUGCAUGCCUGGUGUACCUUGCAAUACAUACAUCGAAGCAAUCGUGGAGGAAACAUCGAAAGAUAGUUUUACAUGACUUUUAUUAAACUGUGGCCAAUUGUGAACAUGCAUCUGACACAUAUCUGAGACUUCAUAUUUGUAUAAAAAAUGUCUUUGAAAACAUGCACACAUAAUCUAGCUGAAAUUUAUUUUUUCUUAUUUAAUUUAUUAAUGAAACUUAGAUAAAAAUUUGAAAACCUACUACGAUUUACUGUGUGUAAAUGAAGUUAUCUGAAAUCGACUGACGACAUUUAAAAAAAAUGUAUUGGGGAAACUCAUUUGUUUUCCACAACGAAAAAUAGAAUGGCUUUGGCUUGAACAACUACGCAACCUUGUUAUUUUUUUUUACAAAACUCUUGUUUCUUAAAAUUUAAACGAAUUUGUCGUCAUUUUUAGUUGACGAGCUCGUCGAAUCCAGAACUGAAACAAUUACUUGAUAUAUUGGGAUGUAAAGGUGAGACGUCGUCGGGCAAUGAUCAGGAGAAAAAAAGUAAAUUUCAGUCAAUUAUGGCUAAGGUUACAGGUGAUCAUGGGACAGGAGGAUUUUGGAAAAAGAUUUUUGGUGGUUCCGAUAAUAGUAAAGAUUUUAAUGCUGGCACAAAAUUACCUGACAGUAAUUAUGAACUGGAUGAAUCUGAUGCUAAAACAUUGAAUCAUUUUCAAAAACAUCAUUGA